AAGUGGCAAAAUUCAUGAAGGAAGUUGCCGCAGAUUUACUGAAAUUCAAUUGGCAGUCCUUUAAAUCGGAAAAUUUGCGUCGCCAAUUUAAAAUGCUCUCUAAACUCGGUUAUGCGGCACUCAGCGAGUCCGAUUACGCUGAAUAUUUGGAUGUGUCGUCCACUAUGCAGUCGAAUUACGCUAAAGUACGUGUUUGUGACUAUAAAAAUGCCACCAAAUGCGACCUAUCCUUAAAUCCGGAAAUCGAAGAGAUCAUUAGCACCAGCCGUGAUCCGGAAGAACUGAAGUAUUAUUGGCGCGAAUUUUACGAAAAGGCCGGUACUGCUGUGCGCGGUCCUUUCGAGAAAUAUGUGGAACUGAAUACGAAAGCAGCCAAGUUAAACAAUUUCAAAUCUGGCGCUGAAUUGUGGUUGGAUGAGUACGAUGAUGACAAUUCAUUGAAAGCAGCUCGAAACAUUUUCGAAGAACUACGUCCGCUCUAUCAGCAAAUACAUGGUUACGUCCGUUCUCGUCUGCGUCAACACUAUGGCGAUGCUGUGGUGUCAGAGAAGGGACCCAUUCCAAUGCAUUUGUUGGGAAAUAUGUGGGCUCAACAAUGGUCCAGUGUGGCCGAUAUUAUCUCACCAUUCCCUAAUAAGCCGCUGAUUGAUGUUACCAAUGAGAUGGUUGCACAAGGUUACACACCAUUGAAAAUGUUCCAACUGGGUGAUGAUUUCUUCCAAUCAAUGAAUUUGACAAAGCUGCCACAAGAUUUCUGGGAUAAGAGUAUUUUGGUAAAGCCUGAUGAUGGUCGCGAUUUGAUUUGCCAUGCCAGUGCUUGGGAUUUCUAUAUUAUCGAUGAUGUGCGCAUUAAGCAGUGCACCCGUGUGACAAUGGAUCAAUUCUUCACCGUUCACCAUGAAUUGGGACACAUUCAAUACUUUUUGCAAUACCAGCAUUUGCCCAUGGUCUAUCGCGCUGGUGCCAACCCCGGCUUUCAUGAAGCUGUCGGUGAUGUGCUCUCACUUUCAGUCUCUACACCGAAACAUUUAGAGCGUGUUGGUCUUCUGAAAAACUACCAACGCGAUGAUGAGGCACGCAUUAACCAAUUGUUCUUAACUGCUCUAGAUAAGAUCGUCUUCCUGCCUUUCGCCUUUACUAUGGAUAAAUACCGUUGGGCAUUAUUCCGUGGCGAAGUGGACAAGAAGGAUUGGAACUGUGCUUUCUGGAAGUUGCGUGAGGAAUACUCUGGCAUUGAACCACCAGUAGUUCGUUCUGAAAACGAUUUUGAUGCACCAGCUAAAUAUCACGUGUCCGCCGAUGUCGAGUACUUGAGAUAUUUGGUUUCGUUCAUCGUACAAUUUCAAUUCUAUAAGUCCGCCUGCAUCAAAGCUGGUCAAUAUGAUCCCACCAAUCCGGAAUUGCCUUUGGACAACUGUGAUAUUUAUGGCAGCUUUGAAGCAGGUCAAGCUUUCAAAAACAUGCUCUCAUUGGGUGCCUCUAAACCAUGGCCCGAUGCAUUGGAGGCCUUCAGUGGUGAACGUACAAUGAGUGGCAAAGCCAUCGCAGAAUACUUCGAACCGCUCCGUAUAUGGUUGGAGGCGGAGAAUAAGAAGAACAAUGUGCAUAUUGGUUGGACGCUAUCUGACAAAUGUGUUUCCUCUUAAACUCGGCGUGCUCUUAACAAGAUGAU